CUCAUAGAUUAGUUUUGCCUAUUUUUUUACUUUAUAUAAAGGAAUCAUACAAUAAGUGCCCUUUGUUUCUGGCUUCUUUCACUUAUUAUGUUUGUGAGAUUCAACCUCAUUGCAUGCCGUGGUUUAUGCAUGGUCUUUGCUGUCUAGCGUUCCCUUGUGUGAAUAUACCACAGUUUAUUUAGCUAUCAUACAGUUGUGCAUUAGAUAUAGUCUGUGAUGUACAUGGAAUAUUUCAUCAAAAACAAUUUUAAAAAUGAAUAGCCUUUAAAAAUAAACAUUAAAAACUAUUAGAGCUACAUGAAGAUGUGCCUUGAGAAUCCUGCCUGGGGCAAAGGGUGAAUCAGUGAAUCCUCCAGGCCCCUGUUAUCCCUCUCCUUGAGUGAUAACUUCAUACCACCAUCAGGGGCUCAGGAGAAGUGUGUGGUGUGACAGGCAGCCACGGGGAAAGUCAUUCUAAAUCAUUUAUGGAGUACUGACUGGGUGUGCAGUCUUGUGCUGGGUUCUGUGGAGACCAACACGAAGACUCACCUACUUCCUUCAUGGCCGGCAUCUCUUAGGGGUGGAGGAAAGAACACAGAAUGUACUUCUAGACUGACAGGAAGUGGACAGUCGUGAUCCCUUCUGCGCAUGCUUCACAGCAUAGAAAGUCUUUGGUCUGACUCCCUCAGCUGAUGUGGAGUCAGAAGGGUGAGGAGGUCAUCUUCGGAGGGGCCUGGAUUAGGUCUUUUCCCUCUCAGGACAGAAAGGUUGUGGUCACUUUUUUCCCAGUAGACAUGCAGCUGGGCUUUAUCUCCCCGGCAUUCCCAUCCCCUCCAGAGGCCCAUGUCACUCCAGACCAGGGAGUGUGGUCCUUUAUCUGGGUUCUGUUUCCUCCCUGGGGACACCAGGUCUCGGGCAAGAGAACUUGGCAGGCUCUCCCCAUGGCAGUCUUAUUCCUUCUCCUUCUGUUCCUAUGUGGGACCUCCCAGGCUACUGCAGACAGCAUCCAGGCCAUCUAUGUAACCUUGGGGGAGUCAGUGGAGCUGCCAUGUCCUUCACCACCCACCCUGCAUGGGGAUGAGCUCCUGUCCUGGUUCCGCAGCCCUGCAGCAGGCACCUCCACUGCCCUCGUGGCCCAAGUCCAAGUGGCCAAGCCAGACCCAGGCCCUGGAAAGCCUGGAAAGGAAUCCCGGCUCAAACUCCUGGGGAACUACUCUUUGUGGAUGGAAGGGUCCAAGGAGGGAGAUGCCGGGCGGUACUGGUGUGCUGUGCUUGGUCAGCACCACAGGUACCAGAACUGGAGGGUGUAUGAUGUCUCGGUGCUCAGAGGAUCCCAGUUAUCUGCAAGGGCUACAGAUGGAUCCCUCUGCUCUGUCCUCCUGUGCUCUGUGGUUCCCGCCGGACGCCUGGACUCUGUGACCUGGCUGGAGGGGAAGGGUCCUGUGAGGGGCCAUGUACAGUCCUUCUGGGGCGAUGGGGCUGCCCUGCUCUUGGUCUGUCCUGGGGAGGGGCUUCCUGAGCCCAAGCGCCGUAGACCAAGAACCAUCCGCUGCCUCGUGUCUCAGAACAGAGGGGUCAACUUUAGCCUGGCAGCCUCCAUGGAUGCCUCCCCUGCCCUCUGUGCCCCUUCCAGGGGCUGGGAUUUGUCCUGGAUCCUGAUGCUGGUGCUCACAGCGGGCCAGGGGUUUGCCAUCCUGGUCCUCAGCAUCAUGCUCUGGAGGCAGAGGGUCCAGAGGGCUCAGUGCAGAGAUGCCUCAAUUCCUCAGUUCAAACCCGAAAUCCAGGUCUAUGAGAACAUUCAUUUGGCCCAUCUCAGACUACCUGCCCCCAAGACCAGAUGAUCUCGGUGACAUCUGCUGGGAAGCAUGACCUGCUGUCUCUCUGGCCAUCUGGCACCUGAAGGAUUCCCUGAAAAACCUUGGUUGGGGGGAGGGGCUGAGAGUACUACUUCAUAGUCCAGCUAGUCUCCAGCCGCCAAGCUGUGUGUGUGUGUGUGUGUGUGUGUGUGUGUGUGUGUGUGUUGGGGGUUGAGGGGAGUGGAAGGAAAGGAGAAGCAUUAUUCCGUGAUGUCACCUAUGAAAAGGUGUGGUCUCCUGUCUUGUAGCUGCCAGUGGGGGAUGGCCCUGAGCCCAUAGUACCUUGGGAUUAAGGGGAGCCUGGUGUAGCUGGCAGGGGAUGAGGAAGAUGAGGAUGGGCAGAGAAGAGACAGAGGGAUCCAGAGGCUUGAGCAAUGGUGGAGAAAUGGGGGAACUGCAGGAGAAAUGGGGGAAACUGAAAAAAACAGAAGGAAAGAGACUCAAGUCAGAGUAAGGAAGAAGUGGACAGAGAGAGAGAGAAAAGUAGAAGCACAAAGUGGGAAGACUGAGGGACAGAGAGAAUGGAAAGAAGACUUCAGUUGCCUCUAAAUUAAGCCAGAUCUCCCCACCCCAUCUCAUCCUUACAAAGAAGAGAAGUUGAGAAAGAACAAGCACCUUUAAUCAGACCCCAGACAUCCUCAGAUGGAAGGAGAGGGAACUGAGUCAGAAUGGGGAUAUCAGUGCUCAGCCCCCACCACGGGGCACCCUCUUUAUCCUCAUCAUGCAUCCAGAGCAGUGAGCAGUUUUUUGUCACCCUGACAUCCCAGGAGCCCCAGGAGUCACGCACUAUCUCCCUGUGUGGAGGGAGUGUCCACAGCAGCAGGUGGGCAGGUUUCCCGGUGGGGUGCGCAAGCAGGCCCUGCGUGUCUGUGAACCCUGGACGAGUCUGGGCUGGUGAAGCGGGAGGGAGCAUUGAUGCUCCUAGCUCAUCCAUUCCCCAGUCUCAGGCAGAAAUGAGCUGGACUCCAGCCACGCCCUCACAAGCAACUCCACCAGGCGUCCUUUGCUCAAGGUUGGGCCUCACUGGAGAAAGGCUUUCUCGGAAGUCUCACCUAAAGGCUUCACACUGUAGUGGUUUCAGCUAAGCUAUUGGCAAGAAGGAGGACGCAAAUGACACAAAUGGAGAAUGAGGCGAACGUUAUGGUUCAGGUUCCAGCACCCCAGCCCAACCCAAGCAGCUCUAGUUUGCUUUUAGACAGCAUGCACAUACACACACGCACACACACCCCCAGCAGUGUUACCAGACUCCCAGGUAGCACUUUUAUUAAAUUUACUCUUCACAGUUCCCCAAGCCCUUCUUCCUGAGUUCCUGACCUACCAAAUUAAUCUUUUCUAGAAA